ACGUAUCGAUCGGCUAUAAGUUCUCGGGCUGGCAAUGGCCGAGGCAGAAUUAAACGAAAACGAGGCGUACGAGUGCGAAGACGAGUUAAACGGGUGUAUGCAAUUACUUGGAGUGCAACAAAAGUGAUCGCGAUUAAGUGCACUCGUCUGUAUAAUUAUCAGCAGAUAAAGUCUAUACCUUAUUGUUCGCGUUCGUACACGCUCUCGAGAGACGGAAUGAGAGGUACCCUGAGGAAGUAAGACAAUUAUCUUGUUACAUGUGUAACUGGACAAAACGUGAUAUCUGUGCGACAGAUUCUCGGACGGACAUCGCAAUCGGGAAUGCGAAACUGAAUGUGCAAUCCGAUACCGCCCGGAUUAGUUGAACGAGGCCCGCCUGACGAUGGAGGAGAGGAAUACGCACAAAAUUCGAAACGUGCGUAGAAGACUUUUUCAAGAUACCGAUGACAAUAACGAUGGCGAGGGCGACAACUUUGUCAACCGGCUUUUGGAAGAGGAUCGAAGACAAAAGGAACUUUGUAAACAGAGAUGGAAUUUCGAUUUCGAAAAGGAAGAACCGCUGCCUGGUCGUUACGAGUGGGUGAAACUUGACGAUCACAGAAACGAAAUUCCUAAUUCCACAAUGAUAAAUGACACGGUACAAAAUCCGCAGAAACAACAGUCGGAAGAGGUAGAAAGUAAAACAAGUGAUAUCAACGAGACUGAGAAAAUAACGAAUCAAUGACUCAGAGCAUGUGAUGACAAGAAACGAAACAAAUAAUGACGUAUAAAGUAGUAAAUAUUAGCAGGAUUGAAUAUCAAUGGCGACGGAGAUUUUCUUUUAAUGGGAUCGUGCAAAACAAGACUGCGUAAAUUUUUAAUUGUGAAAUUCGCAACUUAUCUCUACGAAUAAUGAAAUUUGUAAAUUUUUUCUUAUCUAGAGAAAGAAUUUUAUAGCGAAUUAGAUUUUUAGUGAUGAGAAAAGAAAAUUGGAAUCCAAAGUUCUAUAAGCAAAUGUGAUAAAUUACGUUUCUUAAUUUGACUGAAUUACCAAUUUGAAGAUUAACAAUUUAUCAAUUAAGUUAAAUUAUUCAUCGCACAUAUUUUAAGCUCUAGUCAAAACGGACAUAAUAAUGUUGACAUGUCCCGAGAAAUCCAAAAUCAAAUUAGCUAUAUAUAAUUAUCAAUAGAGCUUUACUUAUUAAAAUUCAAAAAAGAGAUUAUAACUAUAUUCGCGCGUAUGAUAGAUGUAAUGACCAAUUAAUAUUAUUUACAUAUUAAUUUUAUUCCAUCGCGUGUGGUACUAAUUUAAUAUUUAUGAAAGGAACGUGCAAUACACGCAAUUAUACUCCAAUUAUACUAACUAAUAUUUACGAUACUUUGGAGCGUAAUGUUCACGCAGUAUAAAGACGAAUAAAGUAAUAUAUUUCUGCAAUAUUUAUAAAAACAAACUA